AGCAAUAAAAUUAACUUUAACUGUUGUGCUAGGUGCAGAUUUGUAAUGCAUGUGAGAAACCACAAAAAAGGCUUGAAUCAAAUCUUCAGAAGUUCUUUGGAAAGUGCCACUCCAGUAUGUUAGUGGUUCCUGAAAAUUAAGAUGUCAUUCCUGCCUAGUUGCUUUUUACUAUUAUACAGCAAUUAUAUGAAAAAAUGAUUUAAAUUUCUCCUCAUAUGUAAGACAUAAGACUGGCUUUUUUCCUACUCUUAAUUUAUAAGAAUAUGCUUUACAUCUGUAAAAGAUGUAUAAUGUUGUCGAUAUACACUGAUUAAACAGGUCUGAAACUGGUCAGUAGUCAUUGGAGUUAAAAUAAAGGAAAAGGUUAAUUAAGGAAUCAUGUCCUUUGGCCAGUUACAUGGAAAUAAAAAACGAAAUACCACACUUCCGUCUCAUCCAAAACCUGUAGUGGAAUGCUUUCCUAAUUCAUAUCAGCAGGCAGCUGCAGCACAGCGUACACGUAGUUUCCCAGCAAACAAACGCCUUAAAGGGCCUGAUGGGGAAGUGAUUUCAGCAGAUCCAUUUGGAGAGGAUGAUGAUUUCACCCAGGAUGAUUUGGAGGAGAUUGACAUUCUUGCAUCCCAGGCAUAUACUGUGUUAGACAAUGUGACUGAGAAGAGUACUGAAACUGGUGUGCCAGGUGUGGCUUUAUGUGACAAAAGUGUUGGGCAGGAAACAACCACUUUAAUGUCCUACAAGAGUUCAGACAGAAGUACAACAGCUGAACUGCAAAAUGCAAUGAAUGCUGAAAAUCUCAGGAAUUAUCCAUACACUACUGCACGUGAUGAUCUCAGGAGUUAUUGCACCAAGCUUGAACAAAAGGUGAAAGAAACCGAAGAGCAUGUAUUAAUGAAAAUGGGUGAAAUCAAAGUAUUGAGGGAUUCCUUGAGGCAGCUAGAGCAAGAGCGUGAUUUUCAGAAAAGAUCUCAGCUCCUGGUGGAGAAGGAAAAAAUGCAGUCACAAUAUGAGAAAGAAAAAGAGCUUCUGAAAAAGGUGCAGUCACUGCAGUCUGAGCUCCAGUUUAAAGAUGCUGAAAUGAAUGAACUGAAAUCUAAACUUCAGAACUGUGAACGACUGACAAAAUCAGUAUUACCAUCUACUUCAAAAAACAGUCCUAGAAGGAGUCCCACCAGAGUCCUGCGAUCUGAAAACCUGACAUCCAUGCAGGGCAUCUGCAGUCCUUUUCCCACAAAGGAGUCAUUUAAAUAUGUUGAAGCACACAUUAAGCCAACCCCAACAAAACCUCAGUCUACAUCUGCUGGCCCCACUGUCAGUCAAGAUUACAGGAAUAUCCUGCAUGUCAGAAGUUAUGAUAUGAAAUCAGUUGGUUCAUCUGUGUCAGACCAAGAGCUUUCCUUUUUUAAACUACAUGAAGGUGUUGUUCUUCUGAGCAUUCUGCAUCAGCUUUCCCAGAGCACCUGCUCCUUUGAAAUUGGUCAUCUGCUCACCACUACUCCUAAUUCCCCAUCAAAGCAUUUCUUCAAAUUAUCCUCUGUAACGACCAGGGACUGGUCAGUAGGAAAUGAGAGCUGCCCUAAUAUACCUCUGCACCUUGUUAAUCUGCAGAGUCUCGCUGUCUCUGGACUUCAUAUGCUCGCCCUUGAGCAAGGCAAGGCAACGUCUACAGAAGGUGCAGUCCAUGUGCUGCCAUUGCUUCAGUUUUAUAUUGACAUGUAUUAUGAAGCAUUGAAGCCAGGAAAAACCUGUGCAGAAAAAUCAUUUACAUCUUCAUCUACAUCCUUAGAAAGACAGGAAUGCUUUGGGUCAGAGGACUUCUUACUCAAACUAGAGAACUCUGUUGUUGCCGCACUGACAGUUGUGCUUCAGUUAGUUUCACAAAGCAAAGAUGUUUUACACUGUUUACUUUCCCUUAAGUCAAAGGAAGAAACUUUGGAAAAUAAUCCUAUAGCCAAGGAGUCCAAAGUAACCUCAGUAAAAAAGGCAAGGGCAGAGUCUCUUCACCCUUUAUUUGAGAGGCUUUUUGAAUUUGUUUCUUUCCCACCGAGCUCUGGCACAUUCAAGGAAUCCACGAUGCUUCUCAGCUUGAAUAUUUUAAAUACUUUAGCAGAAAAUGCCUCUCAAGAUCAACUUCUCAGAUUUAAACAUUUUUUAAAAGGCCCUGCCAUGCUUCAUGUCCUGUCCCAAGAUUCAUCGUGCCAUGUCGCUAGUUUGACUGUCAGACUCUUAACAGCAACAGCUGAUCAUGAAGAACUAGCAAAAGAGCUGUGCUUACAUGCAGACUUGUGUCCAUUAAUUGCACUGUAUACUUAUGCAGCUUCUAGACCAGAUAAGUCAGCACCGGAAAAAAGCUGGCUUCAGCUAGAGUUGGAGGUUGUGAAGCUAUUGAUGAAGCUAUGCACACAUAAUACGGCAACCUGCAACUCCUUGAUCCAGUCUUCCUGUCAAUGCAGCAGUGAGGUUGUAAAAACCAUCAUUGUGAUACUGCAUCGACAGUGGUUGGUCAUCAAGAUGCACGAGAGAACUACACAAUUUCAUGAGGGAUUUUGGACAAGCCCCAGUAUACAAUUGAUCCGUCAAGGCCUAUUACUGCUUCACUACCUCUUUCAGAGAGACAAGAACUUUCCAGAUCACUGUUUGGAUGUGAUGCAUCUGUAUGACCAGUUCAUUCUUGGAGUCAGAGAUACUUUCAAUAAAAUUCCACAGCUGAUGGAUAGUGAAGAUAUGGCUUUAGAAGAAAUGUGCCCCCCUGACAUAGAAGAUAAAGAAAAAGAUCCAGGUCUCUGAGUUGCAGAAUGAUGUGCAUUUUAAAGAUGAACCUAGCAUUCUGACUGCCAUUCUCUUUCCUCACUUAGCAAGUGAAACAAGGAAAGCAUUGCAUUUUCAAAACACUGCUGGCAUAUUCUUUGAUCUUCUGUUGAGUAGGAAAGAAGUGCCCUGCUUUUAUAUAGACAAUACUAUGUCUUCUUAUAAAAUAUUUUGUUGAGAAUCCGA